AUGUCUCAAAUACUUGGUUCAUUUAAUCGACGUAUUGCUACAAUCAAAAAUAUGCCUCCGGAAGCUUUACCUAUGGUUGUAAUCGUUGUUGGGGCUAUAAGUGAUCCGAGAAAUAAUACAAAUGAGAGUCCGGACAUCGCUCCUCCAAAUCCUGAUGCUGAUGAUGCUAUGCGGAAUACAAAGUGUCCCCAACUAGAUGCGUCUCGGAUUAAUGACGAGGACUUCACCAAGACUUCUCGAGUCCGUCACUGCCAAAAAGUCAUGAACAAAAUGCGAAUGAUUUAG